GACAGAAUAAAGACCUAGCUUCUGAGGCCUUGGAAAAAAUACCAGAAGCCUAGCAGAAGGGAGAUGGAGCUCCAGCUCCUGGUCCCCCUUCCCAACUCCUCCCCCUGGGCUGUCUGAGAUGUAACCUUCUACCUGAACACCAUCUCCCUGGUCUCAGUCCUUAACUCUGGUCCAUAACGCCUGCUUGGUUCCAUCUCCUCCACUGACUCACAGGAGACUGCCAUCUGUCCUUCCUGGAAUCACUAAGGUUUUCUGCUUUUCUCAGGUCCCAAUGGCGGACACUGACAGCUCAGCUGAGAUGCUCACUCGGUCUCCAUCUCCUAACCCUAGUCCUGGUGCUAAGCAAGAACCACCGAACUCUGGGAUCACCAUUUCCCUCCUUGAAAUCGGAUCACUCCCCACUUUCUGCUACAGCUCCUUCCCGCCACCAAAGAAUAGUAUCUGCCCGGUAGGAAAACGAGGGAAGGUACAGAAAUUUAGCAAUCUCUUAAAAGACGUUAAAGAUGUUCUUAAAAACAUAGCAGGCUUUGAAGAGAAGACUACAGUUGGGGAGCCUUUUGAGGAUGCCUAUACUCCUGAAGACCUGUCAGAAUUUAACGUCAGAGGUGUUGAUAAGAGAAAUAAAAUACGAUUUAAAGAUGAUCUAUUCAUUAAUUUCGACCCAGAGAGAGAACAGGACACAACGAAGCAGGGGAUGUUAUUGAAAAACCAGAGUACUAAGAACAUGGUACCAAAGUUUGCAAGGGAUCUGUGCAAUUCAGAAGAAAAGAGAUGCUGUGAUGGUGUCCAGCUGAGCGUGAAGAAACGGCGGAAUGGGUCCCUUCACCUUUGUGGAGAAUACAGGAAACUCAGGAACAACAUGGAGCAGUUACUGCAGGAAGCAGACCACUGGAGUAGACAGCACAAUGAGCUCAGUGAACUGAUGAGGUCAUAUCAGGAAUGCCAGAAAGACAUCAAAGAACCGAUUGACAACGAUCAAGCCUGUUCGCAAACCAACAAGGAACCAAUCACCAAGCAGAAGCUGGAGGCGCAGGUGAAGAAGCUGAGCCAUGACACCCACUCGCUGCAUUUAAUCGCAGCCCUGCUAGAGAAUGAAUGUCAGAUCCUACAACAGAGGGUCGAUAUCCUCAGGGAGUUUCAUCUCCACGAAGCGGCACCGGGGCAGGAGAAGCCUUUGCAGAUGUCCGGUGAGCAGGACAAGAAAUGUCUGAAGUUAGCAGAAGCAGACAAGACAGACGCUUCCAAGCAUACCCCGAAGACAACGGAGGGCACGAUUACUAGGAAACCAAAGAUCUUCAGGAGCCCAGAUGAUUGCCUUACUAAGAAGGCUCGGAAUAACCGCUUCAACGCCCGUGUUGCAAAGAAAUCUCUGGUGGGGAAAAGGAGAACCGUUAGCAGCUUUCGGUAGAAGCCACCAGAAGCAGAUCCAACUUGAGCCAAAACUGUCAUCAACCCAGGGUAGAUCUGAUUCCACCAAGGAGGAGGCAUAGGAACCCAUAUAAUCUCGGUAGUUAGAGACUUUUGGGCCUUAACAACCAUUGUAUGAUUGUUAACCAAGGAAAAAUUUGAAUAAAAACAAGAAUAAA